AUGGUCAAGAUUCUUCUCGUUCUUUACUCUGCUGGCUCACAUGCUAUUGAUGAGCCCAAAUUGCAUGGAUGCACUGAAAAUGAACUUGGAAUUCGUUCUUGGCUUGAGUCUAAGGGUCACACAUUGAUUACCACUGACAAGAAGGAUGGACCUGAGUUUGAAAGUCUUCUUGAAGAUGCAGAGAUUGUUAUCACCACUCCUUUCCAUCCUGCUUACUUGACUCGUGAACGUCUUCUCAAGGCUAAAAAACUUAAGCUUUGUGUUACUGCUGGUGUUGGCUCUGAUCACUUGGAUUUGGAUACUGCUAACGAACUUAAAAUUGCUGUUUUGGAAGUUACUGGUUCUAAUGUCACGUCAGUUGCUGAGCAUGCUGUUAUGACAAUGCUUGUUCUUGUUCGUAACUUUGUACCUGCCCAUGAUCAAGUCCGCAAUGGUGAAUGGGAUGUUGCGGCAGUUGCCAAGGACUCUUAUGACAUUGAAGGCAAGGUGAUUGCCACAGUUGGAGUUGGUCGCAUUGGCUCUCGUAUUUUGGAACGCCUUAAACCUUUUAACCCCAAGGAACUUUUGUACUAUGAUUACCAGCCGCUUUCUGCUGACCGAGAAAAGGAAAUUGGAUGUCGCCGUGUUGAGAGUCUUGAAGAAUUGCUUGGACAAGCUGACAUUGUGACAAUUAAUACUCCUCUCUACGAGUCAACUAAGGGACUUUUCAAUAAGAAUCUUUUGAGCAAGAUGAAGCGUGGAGCUUGGUUGGUAAAUACAGCUCGUGGUGCUAUUUGUGUUCAGGAAGAUGUGGUGGAGGCAUUGAAGUCUGGGCAGUUGCGCGGCUAUGGUGGUGAUGUGUGGUUCCCUCAGCCUGCACCUGCCAACCAUCCUUGGCGUACCAUGACUAAUAAGUAUGGUGCUGGCAAUGCUAUGGUUCCGCAUAUGUCGGGCACAUCACUCGAUGCUCAACAGCGGUAUGCAAAUGGUGUCAAAAACAUUUUGGAAUCGUACCUUUCUGGCAAGUUUGACUAUAGACCCCAGGAUAUUAUUGUUAUUGACGGGCACUACGGAACCAAAGCUUAUGGUGAGAAUAAAAAGUAA